UCCGCGCCCGCCGCCCGCGCCCGGUCCCGGCGCCCCGGCCCUGCUGCCCGCGCUUCAUGGCUGCGCACGAAUGGGACUGGUUCCAGCGCGAGGAGCUCAUCGGACAGAUCAGCGACAUCCGAGUCCAGAACCUGCAAGUUGAGAGGGAGAAUGUGCAGAAGCGGACUUUUACUCGAUGGAUAAAUCUCCAUCUGGAGAAGUGCACCCCACCUCUAGAAGUUAAAGAUUUAUUCGUUGAUAUACAAGAUGGCAAAAUCCUAAUGGCUUUGUUAGAAGUCCUGUCUGGGCGAAAUCUGCUGCACGAAUACAAGUCCUCAUCCCAUCGUAUUUUUCGGUUGAACAACAUAGCAAAGGCGCUUAAGUUUUUGGAAGAUAGCAAUGUAAAACUGGUUAGCAUCGACGCGGCAGAAAUAGCAGAUGGCAACCCCUCUUUGGUUCUUGGGCUGAUUUGGAACAUCAUCCUCUUCUUCCAGAUUAAAGAACUCACCGGCAACCUCAGCAGAAAUUCUCCAUCUUCCAGCCUGUCACCCGGCUCGGGGGGCACAGACUCAGACUCCUCCUUCCCACCCACGCCCACUGCAGAGAGGAGUGCGGUGAUAUCGGUGAAAGACCAGAGGAGGGCCAUCAGGACGCUGUUGACAUGGGUGCAGAGGAAAACAAGGAAGUAUGGCGUGGCGGUGCAGGACUUUGCAGGCAGCUGGAGAAGCGGGCUGGCUUUCCUGGCAGUGAUCAAGGCCAUCGACCCCAGCCUGGUCGACAUGAAGCAGGCGCUAGAAGACUCCAUGCGGGAAAAUCUAGAGAAGGCUUUCAGCAUCGCUCACGACGCCCUUCACAUCCCCAGGCUCCUGGAGCCAGAAGACAUCAUGGUUGACACGCCAGACGAGCAGUCCAUCGUGACUUACGUGGCUCAGUUUCUAGAACAUUUCCCGGAGUUGGAAGCCGAGGAUUUUGCGGAUUCCGACAAAGAAGCCCCUAUUGAAUCCACCUUCGUUCGCAUCAGAGAAACCCCUUCUGAACAAGAGAGCACCGUCUUCUUUCUGACUGAGAACGGGGAGCGUGCCUACACCGUCAACCACGAAACGAGCCACCCGCCACCCUCCAAAGUCUUCGUCUGUGACAAGCCUGCGGGCGUGAAGGAGCCCUGCGUUACCAGCCGGGAGCUGGCAGACAGCUACUCUGAGUUCACGCACCAGAUCAUUGACCAGGUUCUCCAAGGGGUCCCAGGGAAGAUCAACAGCACCGGCGAGCUGGCUCCAGAAUCUUCCAUCUUAUCAUCCAGAAAGGACAGCCAGAGGUCCACCUCUCUGCCAAUCAAGAAAACUGUGCACUUUGAGGCUGACACCUACAAGGAGGCCUCCUGCAGUAGGGACCCUUUCUACAGUCCAGACCUUCACUUCGAAGGAAGCCCAAGAGAGACCAAGGAGUCGUCCAAGCAGGACGGACAGGUCUUGGCAGCUGAGGUUGCUGAGGAAACACCGAAACAGGAGGCCCUGGAGAUCCUGGAAGCAGCCUCCAGUGAGGCCCCCAGCGACGUGUCUUCAGUGGAUGGUGAGGUCAGUCAUCCUCCGACUUCCCAGACCUCUCCCUCCUGGAAUGGGGCGUCGGAGAGGGCAGCUGGCCCAGGGGAAGAGGGCCGUUCCCCGUCAUCCCUGGGAGAGGAUACCAUUGUAGCCGAUUCCAUGGAGAUCGAGGUUAAGCUGCUGACUGUAGAAGCUAUGGAUAAGGAAGACUCUUUCGAAGGCAUACCAUUAAAAGCCUCGAAGUUUAACAGCGACCUCGUAGAUUUUCCCUCCACCAGCCAGGCUUUCCACGAGGUUCCUUCGCCUCAUGAGAAAAAACCUGCCGAGGAGGAGGCGUCCGAGGAUCGUGCUGAGAAGUUGCGUAAAAGGAGAGGUAAAUCUGCCCACAGGGAGACGGAUUUGGAUGAGCCCCCCGUGAAGCCCAACCAGCAGGAACCUCACAAGGACCCUGGACCAGAAGACCAAGGCUCUUCUUUGGAGGCACCGGUGGAUAAAAAGCCAGAAGUGUAUGAAAAGGCCAAGCACAAGUCCCCCCGGCGCCGUCGGGGUGAGGAGGGAGGGGAAGCCGAGGGCCCGCGGGGCCUUGGGGGAGAAUUGCCUUCCAAUCCAGCCAACAGCAGCAGCAGCUUGGAGACCCUCCGCAGCCCCAGCGAAGAGGGCCUGGAUUUCGAGCCGUCUCCACCGCCCUCCAGGAUCUCCAUCAUCCCCCAUGACCUUUUCUACUACCCGCAUUAUGAGGUUCCCCUGGCUGCAGUUUUGGAGGCUUAUGCAGAAGGCAUGGAGGAUUUGAAAAACGAAGAAGUGGACCUCGAAGAGCCAGAGGGGUAUCUGCCGGACGCGGGGGCCGGGGAGGCCGAGGCCUCCCAGAGCAGCUGCAGCUUCGCCGGGCGGGGCAAGGGCCACCCCCAGGCCAGCAUCGUGGAGGAUGCCAGACCAGCCUCGGAACCCGGUCCCCCGUCCCCGCAGGAGGACCACCAGCCAAGUGAGGACGCAGAGAGUGUCCCCGUGCAGGGCCACCAGUCCCAGGAGUUUCCAAACUCGGAAAACUUAGCAAACCCAUUAGAAGAAAAGGUAAUGGAAGAACCGAUCAGUAGUAAAAAAAAGGAAAAAAGAAAACAUGUGGACCACGUAGAAAGUUCAAUAUUUAUAGCACCCGGAACUGUUCGCUCCUCAGAUGACCUGGAAGAAGACACCUGUGACCACAAAGUCCUUUCCAGGACAAGUCACAGUGACUCCAGCAUUUACGUUCGACGACAUGCUAAUAGGUCUUUGGAACCGGAUCAUUUUAGCUAUGCUCAGUUGAGGGACACAGCAGACCAGGAUGACAGAAGAAACCGAAUGUUAACCAGGAAGGCCACCAACUCAGGCGAAGCCAGGCCGCAAGAGAUCCACAGCCCACAGAGCGACUCGCUGAUGCAGUUCGUCCAGCAGCCAGACGUGAUGUACUUUAUCCUCUUCCUCUGGCUCCUGGUUUAUUGCCUGCUGGUCUUCCCCCAGCUGGACCUCAACGGACUCUGAUGUGUGCGUCUGCAUAAUAAAAAGACAGGAUCCUGGCCAGGGGUGGGCAGUCUCCUUACUUCCUUUUAUUGCCUGUUCUGGAUGGGACACUUCUGCAGAUGGUGGAGGACCUCCGAGGAAACUUAGACUCCCUCUCUCCACUUUUCUUUUUCAUGUUUCCUUUCUCUCCUGUAAGUCCUAAGCACGCUUUUCUCUUAGGCUAUGGACUCAACACUCAGGUGUGUGGCCAGAUCCUUGGGUGGGUUUGUUUGUGUGCCUUGCUGUCAGGCAUUAAGCUUUGUUACUAAUACUCAUAACUGGGUCUUAGCUUGCCCCACGCGCUGGUUUUUAAGGUCCCAGAUGGACCUGAGUUUCUCGCCUCCCGAUGAGAAAUAGGAUGGAUGCCUCAGGGAGACCCCCGCUGGGAAGAAAACUGCCCUACUUUCCUCUGAGAGGGGAGUCUGAGUGAAGGUGCUGGGGGUCUGCGCACCUGCUGUGGUCUGGUGAUUGGUCGUUUUCUUUGGGGGGAUGUCAGAGCAGCACAAAGCUGCCGGGUCCAGCAAAGGGCGUCCGUGAACGGCAAAGUUCGAGGAAAGCGAAGGCUAGCUCGUGAGCUGCAGUGCACACUUGUUCACCCUCGUUUUCUUUUUUGUGGGGGGCAUGCAUUUUAAUUUUGCUUUUGCAUUGAUUGAACUGAGGUAAAGCUGUGAUUUUCAAACCUUUCCCACCUGUGGAAUCCUCCUUUCAAGUGGAUUCUCAGGGGCCAGUCUAGUUGAUACAUGAAAAGCAGAGCUUUGACUGACACAGGGCAAGGCCUGGGAUCCCUCUCGCUUUGCCCGGGCAGCUCCCAGCUUCCACUCGUGCCUCCUGAGGCAUCUGUGCUGGUACCCAAGGCCCGGCAGGGCACUGUCAAAAAAAAAGCCCCCGAAAGCCCCGAGGAGGAAUGCAGAAGUGGCCUGGCUGAGAAUGAGCUCUGACUGAUGUUAGAGCAGGAAGUGGUCCAGCACGUUCCUGCUUCGAGAGAGCUUUUGUGCACACCUGCCUCACAGUGUGAGUCUCAGCACGGGCAUCUUUCGUGGUCAGUUAUGAUGGGUUUCUUGAAAAGGAAAAGGGUUCCUGGAAAGCACCCUGAGAAGUAACCAGAACGGGCAGGUGGUGAGAGGACAGAGGCAUCCACCUGCCCUUCCGUCUUCCUUCUGCCCUGGGCUCCCUCCGCUUCCUGCUUCCUGUCAAGAUGCAGGCCAUGCGUCCCUGUGUAUUACUUCCUCAUCCCGUUGUCCUCCCCCUCAGAAAGCGUGUAUGUGGGUGAGACUUAUAAAACCACAGCCUAUUAGGUCAGGAGGGGCAGUUAGACGGCAUCUCCUCUGCUGAACCCAGAGAGGCAGAGCUGGUUGGCCAAGAUCACACAGCCAACCAGGAAUGGAGGCCACCUGAUGCCCCAUCCAGAGCUGUCCCCUCUUUUAGGGAAAUUCCACUGGGCCCGUGAAUGUCCUGAAAAAAAAAAAUAA